UCUUUUAUUGUGAAGUUCACCCACGUACAACAAGCCGGAAGCUCGGUUUACACUGCAGUCAACCACUCGGUGGCGUGUUGUAGCUUCGUGAUGUCUAAGUUCAAACCAGUUAUUUGGCCUACAGUGAUUUUAUUUGGCGACUCCAUCACACAGUUUUCCUUUCAAGUGAAUGGCUGGGGAGCAGAUAUUGCUGACAAGUUAGCAAGAAAGUGUGAUGUUGUGAACAGAGGACUGUCUGGCUACAACUCCAGAUGGGCCAAGAUUGUUCUUCCUCGCCUCAUCAGCAGCCAGAGUUCAGCAGAAAACAACAACAUAGCGGCUGUCACCGUCUUCUUUGGAGCCAAUGACUGUGCACUCGAAGAUAAAAACCCACAGCAGCAUGUACCUCUGCACGAGUAUUCAGAAAACCUGAAGGAGAUCACCGGGCUUCUGGCUGCGGCCGGAGUGUCAGCAGACAGAGUCAUCUUCAUCGCCCCACCGCCUAUUCAUGAGCCGGCCUGGGAGAAGGAGUGCAUUUUGAAAGGAUGUCCUCUCAACCGCCACAACUCUGUAGUGGGACAAUAUGCUCAGGCGUGUGUCCAGGCAGCUGCUCAGUGUGGGACAGACGUCCUGGACCUUUGGACACUCAUGCAGAAAGAUGGACAGGAUUACUCGGUCUACUUGUCUGAUGGUCUGCACCUCUCUGAGAAGGGAAACCAGUUUGUGGCCCAGCACCUGUGGAGGCUGCUCCAGAGCAGAGUGGCCGACCUGCCCUUCAUCCUGCCGUACUGGGGAGACGUGGACGCCAAGAGCCCCGAGAGCAGUCUGCUCUGUGACCAGUGAACGAGUGAAUGUCGGGGACAGUAGCCGAAGGAAAAAUGAUCUGGACUGUCUGCUCUGUUCUGCCAAUCCUGCAAUCAAACACUUGAUCAUUUGUUAAUGUUAAAACAUUAAAAGGGUUUUAUUUAGAGAAGUGCGUAGGUGAUACAAGCAAGAUACUUAAAAAAAAAAAAGAACAUUGUGAGUGAAGAAAUA